GUAAGUCAAUUUCCAGCUGCUACUUUUCUUCCCUACGUCCCCCUCUCCGUCGGACACUUUCCGGCAGUGAAGACCGUCUCCAGAGAUAACUCUGGAAGGCAGUGUGUUCCAGCGCUCUGUCUACCCUGGUGGUGUGUUCCAGCGCUCUGUCUACCCUGGUGGUGUGUUCCAGCGCCCUGUGUACCCUGUGGUGGUGUUCCAGCGCCCUGUCUACCCUGGUGGUGUGUUCCAGCGCCCUGUCUACCCUGGUGGUGUGUUCCAGCGCCCUGUCUACCCUGGUGGUGUGUUCCAGCGCCCUGUCUACCCUGGUGGUGUGUUCCAGCGCCCUGUCUACCCUGGUGAGAGAUGUCAUCAUUUGCAUGGGCGGCUGUGGUGAUGGCAGCCGUGGGCGUGCUGUGGGUGGGCGGGGUGGGUGGGCAGGAACCCUGUACCCCACCCACACCUGACCAGAACGAUGACCACUCCAUACCUGACUACAAAGAUACCCUGGCCGGCUCCUACACCCUUGUGGUGGAGAUGACUAGUAUGAAGCAGAACCUUACGUACUACGUGGAGGAGGAGAGAGAGCGAAGGGUCUACCACGACUACUUCAGCGACACGGCUGCUGUCUCUGUGGUCAACAACGGCUCCACGACCGUCUUUCACUUCUACCCAAUACAGGGCAGGUUCAAUACCCAGUAUGGUGACCGCUGCAUCAGCUCCGGGGAGCAGCCUGGGUUCUUGCCGUGGGGAUGGUAUGACGUGGAUCCUGCCCAUGGUGAUGCCAACUAUGGUCCCUCCAGCCUCCUGCGCCUCGCCUCCUACAUGAACACCGAAUUCGUGGGAGGAGACGAGGUCUUGGAAGGAGUGAAGGUUGAGCAGUGGAAGACGUGUACUGAAGACGGCAAAGUUGCAAUCAAAUACUACUUCUCAGAGAGGCCCUGGAGUAUGCCAUACGCCAACUGGUUCUCUGAAGGUGAUGGUAGAGUUCCUGUCAGGAUACAUGUCGGUUUCACUGAUAAUUCUAUGGCGUGGCAGUACAACAUCGUGCAGUUCCUGCCCUUCGUCGAGUCGCACAGCAGUUUGGAGACUCCCCGGGGACUCGCCUGUGAGAACCUGGUGUCAGUCAUGUCAGACGUGAAGAUCCCUGACAUCCCCUGGCACUUUAGCCUGGCAGAGGAAGUCGUCAAGAACUCACAGAUAGAUGGCAACAUAUAUGGCACUCAACACCUGGAUAAGUUGCAGAUGACUUACGCUGGCAAGUUAUCUCUGGUCAGCCUCACAUACCUGCCCAUGGAUGAUUCUUCACCUACAUCCAACUAUGAACUGGAAGUUAUACAUGACUUUAACACAGGUGUUCAGUACACAGUCAACAGAGAGUACGGUAACUGUAGUCUUGGCUUCAUUCCUUCCUUCAGCUUCGACUCUCACUAUGCUGGCUUUAUUGGCUCUGGAGGGAUGUUGUUGUCCCCCAACGACGUCUUCCACAUUGACGACUCGUACGCCUUCGUGGGUGAGGAAGAGCUACAUCGUGCCCCUGAAGGAGACCGCUUCACCAGCACCAGGAUGGAUAUCCCUGAUCCUGACACCAAUGGUGUCUACAACUACAAGAAAGCUGUGCUUGAGUACUACUUCUCUCAGGGACAAGAGGUGACUCCUUCAGGCAGUGUGCCGGUCAAUCUGCCCAUCCGUGCUGACCUGUUCGUCUACAACUCUUCCAAUCUUCUACAGAUGGUAUCAAUGGCCAGCACUAACUUCUACGACUUCCAAGAGAUCAACUUGUACUCAGAAGAAGAGUUCUCAAUACAGGAAUGUUAUGAGAAGUACGAUGAUAGGUGGUCCUACAUCGUUCUCUUCUUCCCAGCUACCAAAGAGAAGCAGUUUGAGUUGGUAAAGGACGAGGUGAAGAGGUUCAAACAUGAACUCAUCUCGCAGCUAGUGAGCCUUGGCAACAUGUCACCAGUCAGGAUAGCAGAUAUACAGGUGGAAGACGGAGUGUCAGGAGUGAUUCCCAACACCACCAACGCUGACAUGAUCACCGUGUCAGUCAAAUUGCUGGAAAGAGCACCUUACAUCUACACUUACAGGACGCCCCUCGGAGAGGAAUACCAGAAUCCUGGCAGUAAGGAGAAGUCUAUCAGUGACAUCGAAGCUCUGGAGGACUGUGCUGCUCUCUGUUCCCAGGAAGAAGCGUUCACCUGCAAGUCGUUCCACCACUGUGACUACGAGGUGUGUUUCCUGAGUGCCACUGAAAACACUGAUGGGAAUGAAAUCAACAGCUACGACGUGUGUCGCCACUGGAUCUUCAACCUCACGAACAAGACCUUUGAGGACUACCCAACACAGAAGGUUUACACUGAAAUUCUGACCGCUAUUAAGAAUAGAAAGUUCAGCUUCAGUAUUCUUUACAAGGAGGAGCAAGUGAACUUCGAAGCGUCUGCCAGUCUACACUAUCGAACUCCCGACCCUGAGGACCUGGUCAAAGUUCAGUUUACCCUCGAAGCCUCUUCCGCUACCAUUGCCUCUCCAGAUGUCGUUCAAAAUGUGACAACCAUGGAUGAGUGCCUCAACGUGUGUGUGUUGUGGAAAGCCUUCAGGUGCCAGACGUUAAUACACAUGCGUCUGGAGGGUCAGUGCCUCCUCAUCGCCAGGGACUUCUCGGUGAUCAACAGAACGGAGCUGGUGCCACACUCACAGGCGUUCAUCUACAGUAGGUCGUAUCUAGUGGACUACAAACCUGUCCUGGGAGGUGUGGCUCUCACUACCAGUGGUCCAGUUUACACCAAAGUUGAUCACAUUGAAACCUGUGCAAUGUACUGCUCCAAGGAGAAGAGUAUCAAGUGCCUGAGUUUUGAGUGGUGCUACGACUCAAUGGAGUGCCACCUCCACUCUGAACACUUCCUUGAUGUGUCUGGUGGAGGCGACUACCUCCUUAACACCUCCUGCAUCCACUUCUCCAGUAAGACUGACAACAUCUUCACACGCUAUGGUAACCAGGGGAUGCCAAGCACCAAACACAAGCUGGCACUGGUCAACUCCGACACCUCUAGCUGUGCCAAGCUUUGCACUGACGAUCCCGAUGAAGUCUGCGAGAGUUUUGACUUUUGUUCUGAGUGCCACCAGGACGACUACGGCGUAUGUGGGCAAGACAACGAGGGUGCCAACAACCUCUGUUUCAUUGGCACUCAUCACCUGGGGGAGCGUGAUCUUAAACUCGUCACUUCCACUCAUUGUGCUCAUUACUCACGUGACCUCUUUGGUGACCUGGACUACGCCAGUUGGCUCGCUGAACAACAGAAGAACGACAAGGUGUAUACACCAGGAGACAUGACCUGGCUGGCCUUCGGUAUGAUCUUCCUGGGUGCGCUGCUGGCCAUGGGGUUCCUGGUGGUGAUGGUGAACUACAAGCCUGCAUCAGUCCCCAAGGACCUCUCGGUCUCCUUCAUCAGCCUCAAGACCCAGGGGGUCUCUGAUGUGUAGGCGCAGCUGUCAUCAUGGUCUUUAACGUAGUUACCUUCAGUAUUUAAUUACUCUAGGAAUGUAAACUGAUCGCUCGAGUUAUAUCUCUGCCUUAUACAGAACAACCACUGUGGUUGUUCUGCAUAAGGUCGGGAUUUGUAAAUUAACUGUGCUGGGAUAAGAGGUCAUAGCCCUCUAGUGCACUGUAAAGAGUGUUUCUUUGUAAAUAGUGAUAUAAAAAUACGGUAAUCUUUUCAAUGACAAGUUAGCUGGAGCAAUGAGAGUUUUGCCUCAAUUUCAUUCCACCAGCAAAGAUCUGUUGUCAAGAUCUUAAUAGUAUGUUAGGUUUCAAGCCUAUCUACUACGCGAGAGUUAUUAAGGCUGCAAGUAACCACUUCGUCAACAGUCAAGAAUACAUUAAUCCUUAACAACAAGAUUAAAGUAAUUCCUCAGCAUAUAUACACAGAGAGAAAUACACCUCUCAGUAUAUAUAUCCUCAUAUAUACGCUGUCAUCAACAAUAUUUUAAUUCCGCAAAUGAAGAUUAUAAAUUCUCCCAUAUAUAUACAGAAAUUUAUACCUCUGAAUAUUGUAUGCUGGUUCAAAACAUAUACUUUGUUUCUCAUUCUCUUAAUUAUAUCAGAAAUAUAUAUAAUAAAACUA